CCAACAUGCUUUGCGGCGGUGUGGCAAUGGAGUCAUCCGGCGGAUGAUGAGGGAGAUUAAUGUUCAGUUUCGGUAAUAAACGAGGUUCGGAACUUCACGUUGCUUCAGAGCAAACGUCCGUGGAGGAACCGAAGUGCCAGUGACCGCUGGUGCCCGAGCUCUGCUUCGUGAAAACCCCGGUCUAGCUGGUCACCAUGGCUACGGACAUCAGCUCUCCCCAGCGCUUCUUUCACAUGCCGCGCUUCCAGCACCAGGCGCCGCGGCAGUUGUUCUACAAGAGGCCAGAUUAUGCCCAACAACAGGCCAUGCAACAACUUACCUUUGACGGUAAACGCAUGAGAAAAGCUGUCAACCGCAAAACCAUCGACUACAACCCCUCAGUCAUCAGACACCUGGAGAAUCGCCUGUGGCAACGAGACCACCGAGACUUCCGAGCCAUCCAGCCCGACUCAGGAUGUUACAAUGAACUGGUUCCUCCUGUUGGAAUGGUCAACAACCCCAUGAACGCAGUCACCACCAAGUUUGUCAGAACCUCUGCCAAUAAAGUCAAAUGCCCCGUGUUUGUCAUCAGGUGGACCCCCGAGGGCCGUCGUCUGGUGACCGGAGCCUCCAGCGGAGAAUUCACUCUGUGGAACGGACUCACCUUUAACUUCGAGACCAUCUUACAGGCUCACGACAGUCCGGUCCGAGCCAUGACCUGGUCUCACAACGACAUGUGGAUGCUGACGGCAGACCACGGCGGCUACGUCAAGUACUGGCAAUCCAACAUGAACAACGUGAAGAUGUUCCAGGCCCACAAGGAGGCGGUUAGAGAAGCCAGUUUUUCUCCCACAGACAACAAAUUUGCCACCUGCUCUGACGACGGCACGGUCCGGAUCUGGGACUUCCUGCGCUGCCACGAGGAGAGAAUCCUGCGAGGUCAUGGCGCCGAUGUGAAGUGUGUGGACUGGCAUCCCACCAAAGGUCUGGUGGUGUCAGGCAGCAAGGACAGCCAGCAGCCCAUCAAGUUCUGGGACCCGAGGACGGGCCAGAGUCUAGCUACGCUCCACGCCCACAAGAAUACAGUGAUGGAGGUGAAGUGGAACCUGAAUGGCAAUUGGCUGCUGACGGCGUCACGUGACCACCUGUGUAAACUCUUCGACAUCCGCAACCUGAAGGACGAGCUGCAGGUCUUCCGAGGCCACAAGAAAGAAGCUACAGCGGUCGCCUGGCACCCAGUGCAUGAAGGUCUGUUCGCCAGUGGAGGUUCUGAUGGGUCCCUUCUCUUCUGGCACACCGGCGUGGAGAAGGAGGUUGGAGGGAUGGAGAUGGCACACGAGGGUAUGAUCUGGAGUCUGGCGUGGCACCCGCUUGGACACAUCCUGUGUUCUGGAUCUAAUGACCACACCAGUAAAUUCUGGACCCGGAAUCGACCUGGUGACAAAAUGAGAGACCGCUACAACCUCAACCUGUUGCCGGGCAUGUCAGAGGACGGCGUGGAGUACGAUGAUGUGGAGCCUAACAGCGUCGCCUCCAUUCCUGGAAUGGGAAUUCCGGAGCAGCUGAAGACAGCCAUGGAGCAGGAGCAGAGUUCAGAGGCUGGUCCGGAUGAGAUGUCCAUCCCUGGUCUGGACUGGGGCAUGGACGAGGUAAUGGGCAAAGAUGCCAAGAAAGUACUGCAGAAGAAGGUGCCCUAUGCCAAGCCCAUCCCAGCUCAGUUCCAGCAGGCGUGGGCAGAGAACAAGGUCCCUGCCAUGCCCUCUGGUGGUGACUUAUCCAAGUCAUCGGAGUCUUCGCACGACCAGAAGAAGAAGAGUCUGGCGGAGGUUGAGCACGAGAUGGCAGCACUGCAGUACACCAACCCUGGUCUGCUGGAGCACAUGAAGAUGGACCGGGAUGGGAACAUGGGACAAGGACAGGGCCCCAUGGCUCCCUUCUCAGGCUCUGGAGGACCUGGCGCCCCUGGUCAGCCUGGCUUUUCUUUAAACAUACCACCUGGCUCAAAAAUGGGCCCGGGUGGAUCCAAACCUCCUUAUAUGGCCUCAGGACAGAUGGGCCCAUCUGGACCACAGCCACCUCACCAAGGCCCCCCUCAGGGCAUGAUGGGGCAAGGCGACAUGCACUCUGGCCCUCCAAGAAACAUUGGCCAUCAGGGUCCUCCUGGCCCGAGAGGGAUGCAGGGGCCUCAUGGAGGAAUGAUGGGCCCGCCGUCUCGAGGGAUGGUCUCUCAAGGCAACAUGUUGCCCCAUCAAGGAAGCAUGAUGGGUCACCAGGGAGCGAUGAUGGGGGGUCAAGGCAGGACUCAUGGGAACAUGCAAAAUAACUUUGGGAUGCACGGACACCCGGGUAACGUGCAGGGCCCACCGAACAACAUGCAAGGGCCUCAUGAAAACAUGCAGGGACUCUCGCACAUGCAGCAUCAAACAUCAGGGCCAAUGGUUCAUGGGCAGCAGGGCCCAAACAGCAAAGACCCCAGAGGGCCUCCACUAAACCACCACAUGGGUCCUUCAGACCGACAGGGACCCGGAGGGCAGGACUCCGGCGGUUAUUGGGGGGAGAACCAGCAGGGCCGGCGAGGACCAGAGGACUAUGAUGGAGGACGGGACUUCCACUCUGCUGAUGAGGAGGGCUGGAGACCCGGGCCUGGUCACGGACCUAAUUCUGGCUUCCAGGGAGGUGGAGGGGGCCACCGGGCAGGUGGAGGAUCUAGAGGAGGGAGUGGUGGGAACUGGGGUCCUGACGACCGGUUCUCCCGGGGGGGAGGAGGUGGAGGUGAUUUCCGAGGCAGACGAAACGACAGGUUCAGAGGCCGUUUCCAUGACGAUUAUGGAGGCCAGGAUGAAGGUUUUGAAGGCUCAGAUGACAUGAAUCGCGGCUGGGACAACGGCGGAAGAAACAGAUCCUCCCGGAGAGGAGGUCCGCCGAGAGGAGGAGGAGGUGGCGGUGGCGGUGGCGGUGGGAGUGGGCCCCCUCGAGGAAGCGGUCCUCAAAGAGGAGGUCAUGAUGGCUACCGGGACUCACAGAUGCAUGACGGGUCGUCACCAGGGGGGAGGGAGCGAUCGGCGUCCUUGCAAGGGAUGGACAUGUCCUCGCUCCCACCCCGUAAACGUCCGUGGCAAGAGGGUCAGGGAAUGGGGGACCAUGAGUCGGGAGGAGACGGAGCAGGUCAGUCUCAGAGGGAUGACGGCAGCUACGGUGGAUCAGGCCGGAGUGGUCGAGGUAGCUGGGGCCCCGGAGGCGGACCAGGACCGCCUCUUAGACGAGGACCACGGGGAGGCAUGCGGGGUCGACCCGGCUAACUGGAGUCAUGUGACAAGACUUCUCCACUCAGCAGCCAGAUAUUUUAUUGUGAAAAUCUUUUUUGUACAAAAUUUCUGUUCGUGUUUUCACUGACGUGACAAUAAAGUUUGACACUUCUGAAGUUCGUCGUGUG